AUUUGAUCCAUUGUUCCUAACACAUCCUCUUUAUUUGUACACUGUGACUUUUCAGCAUUACUAUCAGAAGACAGACAAUAAGGACAGAUGAAUUAAAGGGUUCUGAUAAAAGUUAUUAUCUCAUUAAAACCUCAGGGUUCGUAUGGGUGCUUGAAAGCCUUGAAAGUGCUUCAGUUUCAAUGUUGUGUUUUCAAGGUCUGAAAAGUGCUUGGAAUUUAGUUUAAGUGCUUGAAAGUGCUUGACAUUAUAACUCUGUGUUUUGGCAAAAUUGGGAUCAGACUGGAUAGUUUGCUUUUACACAUUUACACUUUGACAUAACAGAGAAAAAACACCAUCAGAUUAUAGUAAACCACAACAAACAGUGUCACUGUUGCUAUAGCAACAGAAUGAAGAACACCCAAGCAUGAGAUCAAAGAAGACAUAUCAAAGCCCCGGUGAUGUCAUGAAUUCUAGAAUGUUAAAACAUUUGAGGUGAUCUGACUUACACAUACAAAUCAUUUCAAAUCAGACUGUCACCAUGAGAGGAAAGAAUAGCAUGAAGGCUGAAGACUACGAAGAUAAUACCGGAGAGUCACUGGAUGAGAUGGAGGAACCUGAACCUCCCUUUGAGGACUGGGAGGAACCUGAACCUCCCUCUGAGGACUGGGAGGAACCUGAACCUCUCUCUGAGGACUGGGAGGAACCUGAACCUCUCUUUGAGGACUGGGAGGAACCUGAACCUCUCUUUGAGGACUGGGAGGAACGCGAACCUCUCUGUGAAGACCGGGAGGAAUCCACACCUCUCUGUGAAGACCGGGAGGAAUCCACACCUCUCUGUGAGGACCGGGAGGAAUCCGAACCUCUCUGUGAGGACCGGGAGGAAUCCGAACCUCUCUUUGAGGACCUGGAGGAAUCCGAACCUCUCUUUGAGGACCGGGAGGAGUCCGAACCUCUCUUUGAGGACCUGGAGGAAUCCGAACCUCUCUUUGAGGACCGGGAGGAGUCCGAACCUCUCUUUGAGGACCGGGAGGAGUCCGAACCUCUCUUUGAGGACCGGGAGGAGUCCGAACCUCUCUCUGAGGAGCUGGAGGAAUCCACACCUCUCUUUGAGGACCUGGAGGAAUCCGAACCUCUCUCUGAGGACCGGGAGGAAUCCGAACCUCUGUUUGAAGAAACCAGGACGAUCGCAUCUGCCCUGAAAAAGACAGAGGAUCUUUUGGAGACUGAGCGCCUCUGCUGGCAGAUGGAGAAAAUCUCUCUGCUUAAAGCGCACAGACAGGAAACCGAGAAGCUCACAUCUGCCCUUAAAAAGGCAGAAGAUUCUCUGGAGACUGAGCGCCUCUGCUGGCAGAGGGAGAAAAUCUCCCAGCUUGAGGAGCACAGAAAAGAAAUGCUACGGGAAGCAAAGGAGGCUGUGGAAAGAUCUCAGGCUUCCCAUCAAGCCCAGCUUGAGGAGCACAGAGAGGAAACCAGGAAGAUCACAUCUGCCCUGAGAAUGGCAGAAGAUCUUCUGGAGACUGAGCGCCUCUGCUGGCUGCAGGAGAAACUCUCACUGCUGGAGGAGACACAGAACUUAACAGCUCUCUGUCUGGCUCAGCUGGAUGAGCAGAAAUGCAAGAACAAAACCCUCGCAGCUGCUCUGAGGAAUGUUGAACAGAGGCUGGAGAGUCACCAGGUGGAAUGGCAGGAGGAAAAGACAUCCCUCAUUCAGGCCACAGAGGACUUCAAGCGGACUGUGCAUGAUAUGCAAGAGGAAGCAAAGGAGGCUGUGGAAAGAUCUCAGGCUUCCCAUCAAGCCCAGCUUCAGGAGCACAGAGAGGAAACCAGGAAGAUCACAUCUGCCCUGAGAAUGGCAGAAGAUCUUCUGGAGACUGAGCGCCUCUGCUGGCUGCAGGAGAAACUCUCACUGCUGGAGGAGACACAGAACUUAACAGCUCUCUGUCUGGCUCAGCUGGAUGAGCAGAAAUGCAAGAACAAAACCCUCGCAGCUGCUCUGAGGAAUGUUGAACAGAGGCUGGAGAGUCACCAGGUGGAAUGGCAGGAGGAAAAGACAUCCCUCAUUCAGGCCACAGAGGACUUCAAGCAGACUGUGCAUGAUAUGCAAGAGGAAGCAAAGGAGGCUGUGGAAAGAUCUCAGGCUUCCCAUCAAGCCCAGCUUGAGGAGCACAGAGAGGAAACCAGGAAGAUCACAUCUGCCCUGAGAAUGGCAGAAGAUCUUCUGGAGACUGAGCGCCUCUGCUGGCUGCAGGAGAAACUCUCACUGCUGGAGGAGACACAGAACUUAACAGCUCUCUGUCUGGCUCAGCUGGAUGAGCAGAAAUGUGAGAAUAAAACCCUCGCAGCUGCUCUGAGGAAUGUUGAACAGAGGCUGGAGAGUCACCAGGCGGAAUGGGAGGAGGAAAAGACAUCCCUCAUUCAGGCCACAGAGGAUCUCCGGAAGACGCUGCAGGAUAAGGAGCAGGAGUGGGAGGAGAAAGAAAGCUCCAUGAAGUCCCAGCUGGAAGAUCUCCUGAGCAAGAGGAGGAGAAAGAGGAAUUGGUUCAGGAGGUUAUUCUGUUUGGCCUGAUCCACUCUCAGGAACUGAACUGGUCUGCAAGGCCCUCCAUAACAAAAAGAAUUAGGCAUAACAAAAACAAUAGCAGGUACCGGUUCCUGAUCUGGGUCUGGAAGGCCUUCCAUAAUCACAUUUGGGCAUAUCAAAAAGAAAAGCAUGAAAAUUUAAAUACAAUUAAAUAAACAGCUCAGGAACUCAGGUCAAUAACAUGCAUUUGUUUUCCCUGAGCAACAACUGGUUUCCCCCGGGUGCUCCGGUUUGCCAAUUUUAAUUUAAGAAGAAAUUCUUAAAUUAAAAAAAAAAAUACAUUGCUCAGGUGUGUAAAACAAACAUCCCAGAACAAAUGCACAUAGACACCCAGCCGUCCGUGGAGAGGGGAUCUCUCUCUGAAUUGCCUUUCCAGAGGUUUCUUCCCAUGUCCUGGAGGUUCAUGGGGAGUUGUUCCUCGUCUUCUUAGAGAGCUUGGGCUGGGUACCGGUUCCUGAUCUGGGUCUGGAAGGCCUUCCAUAAUCACCUUUGGGCAUAUCAAAAAGAAUAGCAUGAAAAAUUAAAUACAAUUGACUAAACAGCCUUGAAAACUUGCAUAAAUAAAUGAAUAAAAAUAAUAAUAAUAAUGUCA